AUGUAUUUGGCAGCAGCCCACAACGCGGUAAGCGCGAUACUCAUGGUGGAAAGAGACGGGAAGCAGACGCCCGUAUAUUACAUCAACCGAGUCUUGACGAAUUAUCCGCUACAGCAAAUUUUGCACAAGCCAGAGAUCUCCGGAAGAUUGGCCAAAUGGGCAAUUGAACUAGGCGCCUUGGAUAUUGAAUACCGAAAAAGAACAGCAGUCAAAGGGCAGGUAAUCUCCGACUUCCUAGCUGAAAUCCUUGAAGGAGAAACUAUAGUGGACCCCAUCCAAGACAUCCUAGAAUCCAGCACUGCCCGACAGACCUGGAAACUGUACACAGACGGGUCAUCAAGCGUAAAAGGGUCUGGGGCUGGUUUAAUGUUAAUAAGCCCAGACGAGAUAAGGCAGAUGUAUGCCUUACGUUUUGAUUUCGAAUGUUCCAACAACGAAGCAGAAUAUGAAGCACUACUCACAGGUUUAAGAAUGGCCCAAUCUAUGGGAGCCACAAGGGUUGAUGCAUAUGUUGAUUCGUUACUGGUCAACAAUCAAGUGAACGAAACAUACGAGGCCAAAGAUGAAUCAAUGGCAAGAUACCUGGCAAAAACAAAGGAACUCAUGGCUUCCUUUGAUAACGUCACACUCAACCACGUCCAUAGAGGCAAAAACCAGAUAGCGGAUGCUCUCAGCAAACUCACCACUUCAGGCAUGGAAAAAGAAGUCAAAGUUGAGACGCUACAGGCACCCUCAAUCGAACCACGGAAUGUUUCCGUCGUCACAACGGAAGAGCCUUGCUGGUACACCCCAGUGCUGAAAUUCCUCAUCAAUGGGGAGUUACCUCCCGCGAGGGGCGAAGCACAGAAGGUACAAACACAGGCAUUGCAAUACGAAGUCAAUAACGGCGUCCUGUAUAGAAAGUCAUACUUGGGACCACUUUUGCGGUGUGUCCCCCCAACAGAAGGAAAGUAUUUGAUCAGCGAGAUUCAUGCAGGUCUAUGUGGCAUUCAUGCCGGACCCCGGGCGGUAGUGGCCAAAAUCCAUAACGCUGGGUACUAUUGGCCCGGAAUGCACAAAGACGCCGUAGUAGAACUCAGAAAGUGCCGUAGUUGCCAAAAAUUCGCUCCCCAAACACUCAGGCCCAAGAACAACUUAAUACCGGUUACAGCAGCAUGGCCUUUUCAAAAAUGGGCCGUGGAUAUUGUUGGACCUUUCCCACCCGCUCCCAGAAAGCUAAAAUACUUAACCGUGACAAUUGAUUACUUUACCAAGUGGGUGGAAGCCAAGCCUUUGGCUAAAAUCACGGCAGAUAACGCCAAAAAGUUUCUUUGGGAACACAUAGUAUGUCGAUUUGGAUUGCCGCUAUAUCUGGUGAGUGACAAUGGAACACAGUUUACAGACAGGGUUUCUCAAGAAUGGUGCGCCGACCUCCAAAUCCAGCAAAUCUUCACAUCAGUAGCGCACCCCCAAGGAAACAGCCAGGUAGAGCGGGCGAAUAGAAGCUUGCUGGAUGGUAUAAAAGAAGAUUAG